AUGGCUUCACCUCGUGGCCGAUCGGCUUCGCCUAAACCUCUGAGGACCGAUAAUCCCGCACCCAAUUCCGAACGGGAUGCCCCAAAUGGUCUCAAGAAAUCUAAAGCUAGCCCCCGAUCAAGGUCUGCAUCUGGAUCCAGAAGGAGCAGUCGUGGCGCUAGUCCUAAAGCUCGACGUUCGGAUUCGCGCUCCAUGAGUCUAUCUCGAUCCAGCUCAGACAGCCGGUCCAGAUCACGCUCAUACUCCAACUCCAGAUCUCGAUCUCCCCGCCCGAAACGUGGAAGAUCCUAUUCUGGCCCAGGCUCUCGCUCUCGCUCUCGUUCGCGCUCCGCAUCAUAUUCUUCCUACUCUUCAAGGAGUAACUCUCGCAAGUCGGUUGGGCGAGGGGGCAGUGGAUCGAAGGUCGUCGAAAUAUCCAAACUUACCAAGAACGUCAACGCAGAACAUAUUCGAGAAAUCUUCAAGGCUUAUGGUAGCAUCAGAGAGGUCGACUUACCAAUUGUCAGGCGAAUUGGAUCCCAUCGUGGAACUGCUAUCGUGACAUUUGACACUGAUAAGGCUGCGCAGAAGGCUGUCACUCACAUGAAUCGAGGCCAACUGGACGGCUCCCUCAUAUCUGUUCAGAUUUAUCGACCCCCUUCUCCUCCACGGGGCCCGGCUGCUCUGCGUCGUGGUAGCAAUACUUAUCGAGCUUCCUCGGGUAACGGGAAUCGUUACGCUGCGCCUCGCGGUCCCAACGUACCCCGUCGCAAUCCAAGUCCUCCGCGUCGCACGUUUGGAGGCAGAAGUCGUAGCCCUCCUCGGCGAGGCUUUGGCGAUAGUCGGCCAGCUGGUCGGUCAAAUCGAUCACGAACUCCACCUUACCGUCGGAAACGAUCGCUCAGUCGAAGCCCCAGUCGCGGUUCCCGACGUAGCGCUAGACGGCCCAGUCCCCAAUAUGGAGCUCGAAGCUCUCGUAGAAAUCGGUCUUAUUCUAGAAGUGGUUCUUCAAGCUACACCAGAUCCAGUGUCUCCAGAUCACGAAGCCCACGUAAAUAA